CAAAUGCCAACUAGCAGUAGUUAAAUUCAAGAACAAGUAACAAACUAAACCUGUCGGCAGCCCGACCAGACACUGCGAGAAGUUGAAGCAGAGAGACACCAAUUUCAAUUAAACUACAAAGAGAUUGAAGGGUCAAAAUCCAGACGUGAAAAACACGAAGGAGAAGAAGAAGGAAGAGGAAGAAGAACAGCAGUUCCAGUUUCAGUUUUAGCUUCAGUCCUGAUUCCAGUUUAGGUUGUUUUGGAUCAAAUGUUGGUCCAAGACCGUUCAUCCCCCAAACCAUCUAAAUCCCACCUCAGAAAACCACCUCCUCUCCCUACAGAUCGUUUUUCUGAACCCAAAAACCUUGAUUUUUCCACAUGGGUUUCCGAGAAUCUCUACAAAAUCGUCACAAUUUCUCUCCUUGUCGUUGCAGUUGCCGUUCUCAUCUUCCUCCGCAAUGUUGGCGACACCGCCGCUUUCCUCUGUUUCAAAAACCGAGCUAGGGAGCUCGAGAAGAUAGCCUACCCUGAAAUUAAAUGGAAUGCGAUCCAACCCAUUGUCGACAAAUCCUCUCCUUUCGCCGCUUUCCGCUCCGAACAAUGGAUCGUCGUCUCCGUUUCCACUUAUCCCACUGAGUCGCUUCGCAAUCUCGUAAAACUUAAAGGUUGGCAGGUCCUCGCACUUGGCAAUUCGAAGGCCCCUUCAGAUUGGAACCUCAAAGGUGCGAUUUUUCUAUCUCUAGAACAACAAGCCAAUUUAGGGUUUCGAGUUGUGGAUCACCUCCCUUACGAUUCCUAUGUUAGGAAGACGGUUGGGUAUCUCUUCGCAAUUCAGCACGGAGCGAAGAAGAUCUUCGAUGCGGACGAUCGUGGAGAUGUAAUUGACGGAGAUCUUGGCAAACAUUUUGAUUUGGAACUGGUUAGUGAGGGUGCAAGGCAGCAGCCAAUCUUACAGUACAGUCAUGAGAAUCCAAAUCGAACUGUUGUAAAUCCUUACAUUCAUUUCGGGCAGCGGUCGGUCUGGCCGAGAGGUUUGCCUCUGGAAAAUGUAGGUGAGCUCGGCCACGAGGAAUUUCUCACAGAAGUAUAUGGUGGUAGGCAAUUCAUUCAGCAAGGAAUAUCGAAUGGCCUCCCGGAUGUCGAUUCGGUUUUCUAUUUCACACGGAAGUCUGGAUUGGAAGCUUUUGAUAUUAGGUUUGAUGAGCAUGCCCCUAAAGUGGCAUUGCCACAAGGUAUGAUGGUGCCUCUGAACUCUUUCAAUACGAUUUUUCACUCUUCUGCAUUUUGGGCUUUGAUGCUUCCGGUUUCUGUUAGUUCAAUGGCUUCCGAUGUGUUGAGGGGUUACUGGGCACAGAGGCUUUUGUGGGAGAUUGGUGGUUAUGUUGUCGUUUACCCUCCCACUAUUCAUCGCAAUGACAGGGUAGAGGCAUAUCCAUUUUCAGAGGAGAAGGAUCUCCAUGUGAAUGUGGGCCGUCUGAUUAAGUUUUUGGUCCAAUGGAGAUCUGGAAAACAUAGAUUGUUUGAGAAGAUCUUGGAAUUAAGUUAUUCGAUGGCAGAAGAGGAAUUCUGGACUGAGAAGGAUGUGAGGUUUACUGCUGCAUGGCUUCAGGACCUGCUUGCUGUUGGUUACCAGCAGCCAAGGCUGAUGUCUUUGGAGCUAGAUAGGCCGCGGGCAACCAUUGGUCAUGGAGAUAGGAAGGAGUUCAUCCCUCGAAAACUACCGUCUGUGCAUCUUGGAGUUGAGGAAACAGGGACAGUAAAUUAUGAGAUAGGGAACUUGAUUCGGUGGAGGAAGAACUUUGGGAAUGUUGUGUUCAUCAUGUUCUGCAGUGGACCUGUGGAACGUACUGCUUUGGAAUGGAGAUUGCUCUAUGGAAGAAUAUUCAAGACUGUAAUUAUUCUAGCAGAGCAGAGCAAUGCAGAUCUUGCUAUUGAACAGGGCAACUUAGACCUAGCAUACAAGUAUCUACCUAAGAUAUUUGACCGUUUUACAAGUGCGGAAGGGUUUCUAUUCGUCCAGGAUGAUACCAUUCUUAACUACUGGAAUCUGCUGCAAGCAGACAAGAAUAAACUGUGGAUUAAUGAUAAGGUAUCCAAUUCUUGGUUCACUGUUUCCACCACUGGCAAGGACACAGAGUGGUUUGCAAGUCAAGCAGACAUGAUCAAGAAAAUUGUGAGCACGAUGCCUGUUCACUUUCAGGUCAGUUACAAGGAAAGUAACACUGCUGAGCAGAGUGUAACCCUAUGCACAUCUGAAGUAUUCUAUGUGCCUCGGCGCUUUGUGGGAGACUUCACUGAGAUUGUAGGUUUAGUGGGAAAGUUAGAUAUCCAUCACAAGACUGCAAUACCUAUGAUCUUUACAGCAAUGGAUUCACCACGUAAUUUCGAUUCUGUUCUCAAUACGAUGAUUUAUCGGUCAGAAGCACCAGUUAAUGAUACCUUGAGCUUUUAUUCAUCCCAAGCAACAGCAGUCCAUCCAUGCAAGGUGUCCAGUGAGUCCGAAUUCAUAAAGUUGAUAAGAUUCAUGGCUGAAGGUGACCCACUUCUGAUGGAGCUGGUUUGAAUGGGGAGGUUGUGGGCUGUGGGUACCAUUCAGAUUCAAACAGCAAAAAUCAAGAAACAUGUACCACUUGGUUAGCUAUUACACCAAAUUCUGUAAUUUCCUUUUUGCCUUUAUUUAUUUUUUCUUGGGAGAGGGGGCAGGGAUUUUUUGUUUAUAGAUUUUUUGUUGUAUUAUUAUUCAUUUACAGGGUGAAGAUUCCCCUCACACAUUUGUGUUUAUCAUUUCUAUUGGUUUCAGAAUACAUAGGAAGAGAAGAGGAAAUAUCUCCUCGAACUACCUGUAGGAAGGUUCCGAUUGUCCCAUGGUAA